GCGCAGAACUACAUAUAUUCAUUAGCUUUCCAGUCGUACUGACUUUAAGUUGCACAAGAUGAGAUAAACACGCGUGAAUCUUCGAAUCAUACCGAAUUGGCGUCUUGACUUCAGCCCUACGUACCGCCCACCGCCCACCAACCGCCUAUCUCAACCAUGGCAUCACCUUUUGUGCGACCAUACGAUGCCUCCCUCGACUACACCAACGGCCUAAACGUCUUCCUCACGACCAUCGACCCAAGCCUAAACUGGGAACCCGCCCGCACCAUCGGCUCCCACCUCUGGUACAAGCCCUACACCACUCUAACACCAGGCACCUGCUUCGUACUAGACGACGGCAGCGGGCGCGUAGUAGGCUACUGCAUCGGCGCGGCAAACACGGCCUCCUUCGCGCAACGCUGGCGCAACGACUUCACUCCCAUGGUAGACAGUAACCUCAUUCCCAGACCCGGUGUGCGAACGGGCGACGCGCUGAUGGAAAGAGAGGACAUCAAGGGGUUCAGAAGCGCCGUGUAUGGCGCCGAGUGUAGCAUGUUGCUGCCGUGGCCGGCAGUGCUGGCGGAGUAUCCUGCGCACAUGCAUAUUGAUAUUUUGCCCGAGUUUCAGCGGAGAGGGCUUGGGACGCUGCUGAUGAAUGCCUUUCUGCAGGCGGUUAGGGGCAUGGGGGCGAGGGGCGUGCAUUUGGAUAUGGUGCGGACGAAUACGGCGGGGCGGGCGUUUUAUACUAAGAUUGGGUUUGAGAUUUGUGCGCAGGUGAUGGAUGGUGGUGCGAGUGGGGAUCCUGGAGUGGAUGGCAUUGUAAUGACUUUGGUCAAGGCUCUCUGAAGUGGGUAAAAUGAAUGGGUAGACGCUGGCCUUUGCCACUAGACUAUCGAUGGGUUGGAAGGGGAACGAUUGUGUGCUAUG